CUGGCGUCUCUAUAGCAACUGCUCAAACACUGAUACAUUGUAGCAGACGUUUAUACAGUAGAGACACUUUUAAAGUUCUUUUGUGUUCUCUUGAUUGUUUUAUAGCAUUUGAACGCGCUGUAUGUAGACUGCUCACGACUUCGUGAUUUUACACGAUAAAACUGCGAUUGUAACUUGAAGAUGUCACAGAUAUAUAAAUUCGGCUCGUCAGUGAAAGUAGAGCAGCUGGAAGAAGAACUGUCUGCUCAGAUCGAAGCUCUAAAAACUGAGAUUGAGGAUAAUGAGAUUUUACACCAAAUAUCCUCAAAACCAUUCAGCUCUGUCCAUAUUCCAAAAGAUGUGGCUUACUUUCGUAUGGAGAGGCAGCAGGUGCUCCUCAAAGCACUGCAAGUUUCAUCCACAAAGCCUGUUGUGUCUCAAUCAGAAGUUGCUCAGAGAGAGAUGGAGAGCUGUUUGACCCAAGAGUACACACCUGAUAGUCUGCCCUUACUGCUGCAUCAGUUUUACACAGAUCAAACUUAUAAACUGGCACGGUGCAAAUACCAGCUGAUGCUGAGAUGGAGGAGAUUCGGCCACCAUUCCACCGUCCUGGAGAAACUAUAUCCUCAAUAUAAAAAACAGAUCACACAUUUGACCAAUGAGUUUGAGGAUUCUGUGCAUCGGGCACGUCGUCUUGCUGUGUCCAGAGAGAAGGUGCUGGCGGGUGUGGAGAGUCCAGUCAGUGUGGUCACACAGGAAGACGUCAUCAUUUACCUACAGUGGCUCAUUUGCCAUUUGCACUCUGUCAAAAGCAUCCACAACUUUCUGCAUGUUCUUCAUUAUCUCCCUUCUACUCAGUGGAAUGAGGAUCAGAUGUCCAGUACUGUAGAUUUGACAUCUCCUGCAUAUUUUGAUGGAGUAUUUGUAUCAGUGUCAGAGGUCCCCCUGCACUCGGUCAAUAUAGAGGUUUUUAAAACCCAGCUGGACUUCCUCCUGUCACAUUUUGACAUCCAGUAUAAUAACAGAACCAUCAAGACAGCUGGAGAUGAAAUGGAGCUCUUUAGUAUGGUUAACUACCUGUUCAGGACUGUGUUUAAAAAUCAGGAGGAGAUGAAGACCUUCUUACAGUAUGUCAGCACUGAAGCAACAGAGAGGAAGUGGGGGAGAAAGAGUCCGAACAUGACGCUCAGAAAAGAGUCCAACUGGAUUCCUCAUAUACAGAUGAAACCAAAGCGAGAUCCCUGGCAACAAAAACAAAUGGCUAAACUCAAGGAGCUCAGAUCAAUGGAUGAACUUCUCCAGAUGCACAGCAAGUUCCUGGAGGAGUCCGAUCUUCAUAAAGUGACUGAUGCUUUAAAGCAGUACAUCGCAUCUGUUUGUCAACAAGAACCCACAAAACCUUCAUCCAUCAGCACAGCGACCCUCAAAGAAGCUUCUGACAUAUGGAGAAGCAUUUAUAACACAGCAAACAUGUUUCAGGUGAACAUCUGUGUAACUGCUCUCUGUCUUCUAGCAUUGCUGGUCAAAGCAGUGGUGCUUAUCUUCUUGAGAAGGAUGAAGAUGCUGAAGAUGGUGCCAAGGAUCCUGUAA